AUGGACGCCUGCGAAUCUGUGCCACAGAUCGAAAUGCUGAAGGGCAAUGGGAACGUGUCAUCAUGGAACAACCACACUGAGGUAGUCAGGGGCACAGACGGGGCUCGCUUCCAUCCAUGGGUUAAAGACAACGAGACUGUGACCGUGUGGAUGGACGAGCUGUUCCGAGCUGUGACUUUGUCGCCCACAGCCAGCGUGCACAUGGAUGGAAUCAGGCUGCUUCGAUUUGAGCUGGAACCGUCGAUGAUGAAACCUGACCCCAGAUUCUUUCAGUACAUCGAGGGGCUGUUCAACGUGACGAGCCCGAUGGGAGGCGGCGUGCACGGCCCUCCUGGCAAACCAGGCCUGCCAGUGUAUUAUUCGCUGCCGCACUACUGCCAUGCUGCGGCCAAUCUGACAAAGGGUGUGAAUGGCCUGGCAUGCAACUCGACACAGCAUGAGCUGUACAUUGAUGUGGAGCCUGUCACAGGUGAGGCAUGGCGGACGGCCAAACGCCUCAUGAUGAGCUCUGAAUUCGGACCAGGUUUUAAGACCAUUGAUGCCAAGUUGAACCGAACAGUAUUGCCAAUAUUUUGGGUCGAGAAUGCUGCCCAGGCUUCACAGUCGCAGGCGACGGUUCUCAAUGACGAAGUGUUCAAGAUCCAGAAGGCGAAAGGGCUGUCUGGAUCGUUGCCAUUCCUGAUGGCGGCGCUUCUGGCAUCAUGUGUCCUGUACAUCGUGUUCGGCAUGUUCAUACAACGCAAGCAACGAAGGACUUCGGUGCUCAUGUGGGGAAGUGCCGCGCGGAUGGAGCAAACGAUGGAUGCGGUGGUUACAGACAGAGGAGUUGAUGUGGAGGAGCCACUAAUCAGGCAAAGGCAUGUGGUCAAGGGCCAACACCCACCACCCUCUCCAGAGGCGGGGCCAUCGAGCAAGAAUGACGCUCAAACUUCCCCGACCGACUAG